AUGGGGCGUAUAUCUCGCGAUCGCCGAGACAUAUAUUAUAGGAGAGCUAAAGAAGAAGGUUUUCGUGCUCGUUCUGCUUAUAAGUUGCUGCAAUUAGAUGAUGAACUUCAUUUCCUUUCCCCUCCAACUCAAUCCAACCCUUACGAAGACCUAACAGAUGCAAGCUCAGAUUUUUCUUUUUCUUCUUCUGAUGAUGACGAAGCCUCUUCCUCCGACUCCACCUGGCCUUCUUGUGUUGAGCGUACACCUGGAAAAGUUAGGGAGAAGAAUAGCAAUAAAAACAAUAACAACGACACCAGCAGCAGCAGCAGCAGCAGCAGCAGCAGCAGCGCUGCAGCAUAUACACCUGAACUUUCUGUUUGGGAUUACCCCCAUCGUGCUGUUGACCUCUGUGCAGCACCAGGCAGCUGGACGCAGGUCCUUAGGCGUCGCCUGUGGAGAAACUACGAAUUAAAGUUGAAAGAAUACAACAAAAGACAGCAGCAGAAGCAGCAGCAGCAGCAGCAACAGGACAAGCAAAAUACUGGGAGCAGCGAGACAUCGACAAGCUCCGGCAUCAGCAGCACUCCCCCUGCAGCAGCAGCUGGAGCAGCAGGAGAAUCUGCAGCAGCAGCAGCAGCAGCAGCAGCAGCAGAAUCACCUCCUGCUCCGCCUAUGAUAGUUGCGGUAGAUCUGCAGGAGUUAGCUCCUAUCCCUGGUGUAUAUACACUGCAAGGAGAUAUAACGCAUGCAAGAACAAGUGCAUUAAUUCUUUCUUAUUUUAAACAGAAACCAGCAGAUUUAGUUGUUUGUGAUGGGGCACCGGAUGUUACAGGUAUAAGAGAUAUUGAUGAGUUUACUCAGCUGCAGCUGCUGCUAGCAGCAGUAGGAACAGCAGCAGAUGUUUUAAGACCCGGAGGUACGUUUGUUUGCAAAGUCUUUAGAGGCGAGCAAACCCCUCUGGUGUACAUGCAGCUUGGCUCUCUCUUUGCUGAUGUUCGCUGCUGUAAGCCUGCAGCUUCACGAAGCAGCAGCAUUGAAGCUUUUCUUGUUUGCCGGAACUACACCCCACAGUUUAAACUGUCGCCGAUAAUUAAUAUUAAAAACGAAGAAAAAGAUAUCCGUACAGAUCAACAAACAACAACAGCAGCAGCAGCAACAACAACAACAGCAACAACAGCAGCAGCAACAACAGCGGCAGCAGCAGGGACAGCAGCAGAAACAGCAGCAGAAGCAGCAGCAGAAACAGCAGCAGAAACAGCAGCAGAAGCAGCAGCAGAAACAGCAGCAGAAACAGCAGCAGGAGCAACAGCAGCAGCAGCAGCAAGCGAAGAAGUAAGCAGCAGCUUAGAUUUAGCAUCUCUGUGGGCGGAAGACGUCAUAGGGAAGCUGAUACCUUUUAUUAAUUGCGGAGACAUAAAAGGCAUGGAUUCAGAUAGAAAUUACAAAAUAUCGAGCUGUACAUACAGCUCAAUUCCUCCUACCCAACCCCCUACUCACCCUCCUUAUGAAAUAGCUGUCUUAAGAAAGAGAGGCCUACUUCCUUCAUAA